GAGGUCACACACGUUAGAGACAUAAAUUCUCCUACUGAAGUGCAUGGUUCUCACACUCAUCACUCCCUAUAGAAGAUAAACAGCUAUUUUUAGUUAUGGAACCCACAACAAUAAGAGAGGGAUACUUGGUGAAAAAGGGUACAGUGCUGAACUCAUGGAAGGCAGUAUGGGUGGUGUUAGCAGACGAUGCUAUUGAAUAUUACAAGAAGAAGACAGACAGCAGUCCAAAGGGAAUGAUCCCUAUGAAAGGAGCAGCUAUAAACAGCCCGUGCCAUGAUUUCAAUAAAAGAAUGUUAGUGUUUAAGGUCAGCUCAGCUAAGAACCAGGACCAUUUCUUUCAAGCAACCCAUCUUGAGGAAAGAGAGCUUUGGGUGAAAGAUCUCAAGAGGGCAAUCACAUGUAUAGAGGGGGGAAAGAAGUUUGCCAGGAAGUCAACGCGAAAAUCUAUUCGAUUACCGGAAAAUGUUAACCUCAGUGAGCUGUAUAUUUUUAUGAAAGAUCAAGAAACAGGGGUUAAAGAGCUGAAGCUAGAGAAGGAUAAAAGACAGUUUAAUCACUGUUUCACAGGAAACACAGCGGUCGACUGGUUGAUCUCUCAGGGAAAGGCCAGAAACAGAGCUGAGGGGUUGAUGCUGGCCACUGGACUGCUCAAUGAGGGCUUUGUGCUGCCUGCUGGAGAGCUAUCCAAAGAAGGGGCAGAAAAAGAAGCAGAAUGUGUUUUCCUGGAUCAGAUAGAUGCUCUUUAUUAUUUUGCAGAUAGUGGUUUCUUUUGUGAGGGUUACUCCAGUGAUGAGGAUGCGAUCAUGAAGGAGGAGUUUAGAGGUGCAAUAGUCAAACAGGGCUGUUUGCUGAAGCAGGGCCACCGGAGAAAGAACUGGAAAGUCAGGAAGUUUGUCAUCAGAGAUGAUCCUGCUUAUAUCCACUACUAUGAUCCCACCAAGGGUGAGGAUGAUCUGCUUGGUUCCAUUCACCUGCGUGGAUCAGUUGUGACUGCAGUUGAAUAUGUGCCUGAAGCCAAGAGAUACGAGGUUGAUGGGAAUCUCUUUGAAAUCAUCACUUCAGAUGAGAUACACUACUACCUGCAGGCAGCUUCAGCCAAUGAGCGCACAGACUGGAUCAAAGCCAUCCAAAGUGUGGCAAAGUCUGGCAAAUAAUCGGAUAAGAUUUAUGCAGUGGCCCUGACCCAUGCUGUAAUUUGAAGCUCAAUAAAUAAAUAAAGUCAUGCUGUUCUUAUAAUAUAUGCAGAGUGUAUGUUGAAAUUCUUUGCGAAACUCACACAAAUUUGGCUACGCGUCAGACAUGUUCCAAAGUUUGUUGUUGUUUUUACCUUCAGCAUUUGCACAAAACAAGAAGCUUUCUAAUAAUCAUGUGACAUUUUUCUCACUAUAGAGACAGGAUCUGGGCAAAUAUGUUGUUUCACUAUACAGAAUAGAUACUGCACUAGCACUCAUGUGCCCAUCGGGAGAUGUCAACAUGGUGGAAACCAAUAAGGGAACCUACACUGUCUAGCAAUUUCCUGUUAUUUUUAAAUUAGUAACGCUUGCUGUAGCUCUGCAUGAGUUAAAAAAAAAAAGUUAUGUUUUUAGGCUGGAGGAGGUUGUCAAGAAAAAAAUAUAUUGGAUCAGCUUAGCCCUACUGAGCUCUUUUCUGAUACAGAGGCCAUACAUCUACUAAAAAAUCACCUUGACACCAGUUAGUUAAAGUCAUUGCAAAAAUUGCUAUACUAUUAUUUUAUGACAAUUUUGUUUUUGCAGAUGCAUGCCACUGUCACCAUUCCCUUGUUGUCUGCCCUGGGUUUCACUUGUCAUUGUUAAAUGUACUACACUUCCCAGAAUCCACCUGCCAUCACCACUGCCAUUUUGUUCAUUGUUCUCACCUGUGUCUAAUUCAGUCAUCACUCCCUGGUUAUUUAAGCCCUGCUUUUUGUUCACUCCUUGUCGUUCGUUGAAUGUAGUUCAAGCCUGGUCUGUGUUCCUUGCCCUAGUUCUCGGUUUAUGUUUAUUUCCCCAUUGAGGGUUUUUCCUUUGUUUAUUUGUUUGUUCAUUUAAUAAAGAAGUCCCGCAUUUAGA